GUUAUAGUUAUAAAUAUGACGCGGCAACAACGCAAGUUUCGCAACCCAAAUAAUUCCUUUCAUAACAAUUUCAAAACUUCAACCAAAUUCACAAAUCUUCACCUUAUUUUCUUCACAUCUCUUCUAACAAUCUUCGUGUUGUUUUAUUUUGUUGUCAACAUCUCAAAAUUUGGCAAACCAACAAAAAUGAGUUAUAAUAGUGGUGCAAAAAUUAUGGAGACUUUUUACAUAUCGCAUGGAUCGCCGAUGCUAGCGAUCGACGAUUCGAUUCCUGCGAGACAUUUUUUAAAGAGUUGGAGAGAGAAAAUAUAUGAUCAAAAACCAAAAGCUAUCUUAAUUAUUUCGGGUCACUGGGAAACACAUGAACCUACGGUUAAUGCGGUUGAUCGUUGUGAUACUAUCUAUGAUUUUUAUGGCUUUCCUGCUCCUAUGUAUAAGCUUAAGUACCCUGCUCCUGGAGCUCCAGAAUUGGCUAAGCGAGUGCAAGAACUACUGAAAGAGUCCGGAUUAAAACGUGUGCACAUAGACAAGAAACGAGGCCUUGAUCAUGGUGCCUGGGUGCCUUUGAUGCUGAUGUACCCUCAGGCUGAUAUUCCUGUUUGUCAACUUUCAAUUCAAAUGAACAAGGAUGCUACAUACCACUAUAACAUGGGCCAAGCAUUGGCUCCUCUUAAGGAGGAAGGUGUUCUCAUCAUUGGUUCCGGAAGCGCGACUCAUAACUUGAGGAUCCUCAAUAGGGAUGCUUCUGGUGAAGUUGCUCCAUGGGCUGGAGAGUUUGAUAAAUGGCUAGAAGAAGCUUUGAUCAGUGGAAGGCAUGAAGAUGUGAAUCUGUACUUGCAGAAAGCUCCCCAUGCAAAAAAGGCUCAUCCAAUGCCGGACCAUUUUUACCCAUUGCAUGUAGCCCUGGGUGCUGCUGGUGAACACGCCAAGGGGGAGCUCGUUCAUCGUAGCUGGGGUCUUGGUACCCUUUCCUAUGCCUCCUACAAGUUCACCUCCCCGAACUAAUUGUAAUUUAGUGUAAAUUUGUUAACGUGUGAUAGCUAAUUAUGGUGGUGUGUCAUCUUUCUACAUGUACCAUAUUUUGAGUUCUUGAUUUAUCAUCUUUUGUGGUGUUUAAACCAAGCUUACGUAUGCCAACAUGAUGUGCACAACAAUUUGGUAGUGUAGAACUUAUGGAGUGAUAUACUGAUAUGAUUAUGGGCCCGAGGGGGGUUUCCUAUGAUUACUACCAGUUUCUUACGACAAGGAAGUAUUGAUUUGUUGUAAAUGUAACGCUUUCUGUGCUCUCUCAAUUUAAAUAAAGUUUAUGGCCAUA